CAAAAGGUAAAAGGUAGCGGUUAACUUGAAAACUACAGCGUCAUAACAUCACAAGGCGUAACAGCCAUUUUGAGGUUUGGAGAUGUAAACAGACUAAUAAUAAAGGAUUUCUCAAACAUGUGUGAAUGAAACAAAACACUUCACUCCACUCCGGGUACAUUUUUCACGAGGUAACAACAUUAUAACACAACUGAAAAUCUGAUAAGAGUCAGUUUUUCCUAAUAUGGGUUUUUCAAGCUUUAUAAAAUGAUAUUACAUUGUAGUUUUGUUUUACAGACAAAUCCUGACAGCAAAGCUUCACAAUCCAUACUGCAAAAGUUGUCCUCAUACUUGGAGCUCCCUGUACUAUUUGAGAGGCCAUACAUCACCCAUGUCAUAUCUGUCAGUCUUAUGAAUGCAGGAUUUUUUGUACCUUAUAUUCAUCUUGUUGCACUUGGUCGCCAGGUGGGUUUUUCUGAAUACAAGGCAGCUUUUUUGGUCUCAGGGGCUGGCAUUACAGACAUUGUGGGCCGAAUAUUCUCUGGCUGGUUCACAGAUCUGAGAUACUUCCGAAUGAUUCACGUGCUAACUGCUUGGGCAAUACUUUUGGGGGUAUCUAUUAUGCUGAUACCCCUGAGCACUCUGGCAGGCUCUUACAAUGUGGUGAUGGUGUCCAGCCUGCUGUAUGGGUUCUGCAGUGGGGCUCUUACGGCUCUGCCCUUUGCCUUCGUGCCCCAGAUUGUGGGGUUAGGGCGUGUGCUGGGGGCCCUGGGGUUGUUGCAGAUGAUCGAGAGCGGAGCGGGACUCUUUGGGACACCCUUGUCAGGUUACCUCCAGGACAUCACAGGGACAUACACAGUCUCCUUUGUGGUGGCAGGCUCCUUUCUACUUCUAUCCAGCUUGGCACUAGCCUCUCAGCCCCAUUUCUUCUCACGCACAGAUCCACCACCACCUGAGCCACGCCCUUUAAGAUAAUGGAAAAACGUUUCAGAGUUUGAAGACGCAAUGGAAAAAAAAAAGUGAAACUGAAAAUGUGAAAAAGAACUACUGUUACGAGUAUUCCGAAAGUGACUCGGAACAGUGGGAUUACUGUAGUAAUAAUGCAAAUAUAUGUUUAAUUUCUGUGUCCUUAGGGAAUUGUGAAACAUAUUUUUACUUUGUAAACCAUGUUGAACCAUGUUUUUCUACGCACAUGUUUGUAUAUUGUAUCAGUGAAAGAUCACUGUGACCUGUCACUGACCUGUCACAGUGAAAGGUCACUGUGACCUGUCACUAACUUGUCACAGUGACCUGUCGCUAUCAUCUGUCAGUUUCAUCAGUUUAUAUCAUAGACUGUAUAAAAGGAUUUAUGUGAUCGAUGGGUCAUAUACACUUUGGAA